CAACACUGGGAAAAAGCGUGUCUGUGCAUGUUAGAUGUUUGAGACGGUCCGUUUGAGACAUGCAUUUAAAGCUGCCUGUUAUCCGCGAAGUUGUCACAACAAUACGAAGCCUGGUAGGCGUAAGACGCACCAUUUCAACAAUGCGGACUGUUUCCCAGAAGGAAUUACCAGGAUCUGCGAACGAUAAACCGAAUGGCAUCGAGAUACAGCAUUCAUUUGAAAACAUACCACCAAAAUCAAAAUACACAAUAUGCAUAGAGGGCAACAUUGCAAGUGGCAAGACAACAUUACUUGAAUACUACAAGGACAGCAGCAUGAUCGAGGUAUUUCAGGAACCUGUCAACAAAUGGCGGGAUGUUAAAGGACACAAUGCUCUGGGUCUGAUGUACAGGGACCCAGCACGGUGGGGGUUAACCUUCCAGACCUACGUCCAAUUGACCAUGCUGGACAUCCACAUGAAGGCCCAGGAGAAGCCCUUGAAGAUGAUGGAGAGGUCAAUAUUCAGUGCCAAGUACUGCUUCGUGGAAAACUUGCACAUGAGUGGCAAAAUGCCUGACAUUGAACAUAUUGUGCUGACAGAAUGGUUUGACUGGAUUUUGAAAACACAAGACUUCAAAGUAGAUCUCAUUGUGUACCUACAGACUCGCCCAGAGAGGCUGUACGAGAGAAUACAGCGUCGACACAGAGAAGAGGAGAAAGGUAUCCCCCUGGAAUACCUGGAAGCCCUACACAAACAGCAUGAGGACUGGCUGAUCCACAAGAAGUACCCGUGUCCAGCUGAAGUCCUGGUAUUGGACGGUAACCCAGAUGUGGAUGGCAUGGUGAAGAUAUACGAGGAGAACAGAUCGCGGAUCCUUCAAUGCGCCUAGCAACAGGACCAGGAAGCAACACUUCCCCAGCAACGGUCAGGUGUCACAUAUUCCAUAGAGAGACUCUGAUGUGCACGGUGUAGAGGCGACCAACAUCUGUACCAGAGACAAGCGUGUGUGCCUCAGUAUACGAUGGACAGUAAGAUGCUCUGACAUCAUCAGUACUGUAACACCGGGUCAGCAGACACAGAAGGAAAUGUCUUCCUUGAAUACACGGGUUGAUAAACGCCUUGUCGACAGUUUGAAGAGAUGCGCUUUUGAUUCAAGGAUCAAAUACUAGUAUAUGUUUUAUGCUUGUGUGUGAAUAACAAAUAUGUUCAGUAUCUGGAUUGAGGCAUUUGUUGGAUAUACAUCCUUACAGGAUGUUUGUCUGUUGUACCAGACUGGUGUGUGUCUGUUGUGCUCUUUAUAUGAGAUUUAUUUUGACGGUUGAAUGGUGACUUGUAUACAGGUUGUAUGUG